CUAAUCCCUAAUAUAAGCAGCCAGACUGUUCUUCUCCGACUCUGCACGGGAUCCAUCUGCCUCUGCCUCUGCUGCUGCUGCCAAUGAAUUCGCUAAGAAGCCGAACCGACUAAUCGGAACAACAGGCUGAUAGGCGUCCCAGUGGGUGCAACAGGACGAGACUUCCGGCCAUGGCUCGCCUAAACAACCCACCUCACCGUCCGUCCCAACUACUCGGCUGAGCAAAGACCAUGAUCCAUCCCAAGAAAAAGAACUCAGACCGAGAUUUGCUGGUUUUCUGCCCUGUCACGCAUGCUCCCAGGCUUUAUUGAGCCGUUGACAUCGUGGUGGAAAGGGCUCCAGGCGAGAUGAGCACCGUCACCGGGCGAUGGAUCGUACGCCUCCACAACCAACACCCGUCAUGUCUCCGUCUUGUCGAACCAAGUCGAAGACCGGCUGCAGGACCUGCAAAAUCCGGAAGAUCAAAUGUGACGAGCUGAUGCCGGAAUGCCGGCGCUGCACCUCCACAGGACGCAAAUGCGACGGCUAUGGGAUAUGGGGAGGCGGAGGCGGAGGACGAGGACGAGGAGGAGAUGGGAAUAAUACAUCCCAACAACGCCAUCGUCCCCAGCUCUCGAGGAACGCUCUCGCAGAAUACUCGUACCGUGCUGACCCCACCCUCGCCCGUCCUAGGACCUUCUGUGUCUACCCAGCUAGCGCCCUGGACGCCGACGAAAAGGCUCAUCUGGAGUGGUUCUGGUGCCGCACGGCCAGGAAGCUCCAGGGGGCUUUUUUCUCGGACGCUGGCAACGCCCUGUUGUUCCAGGCCAGUGCCGCCGAGCUGGCCGUGACCCAUGCCGUGCUGGCCCUAUGCUCGGUCCACAAGCGCGCGGAUGUGUCUCUCCUGCGGCAGCGCGAGGAGCGGUUCGCCCUGGUCCAAUAUAACAAGGCCAUCAAGUACCUGCAGCCCCGGCUCAUGGCCAGCGACCGCACGUCGCUCCGACUCUGUCUCCUCUCGUGCAUCGCCUUCAUCCACUUGGAGUUCUUUCGCAGCCACUACCAGACCGCCAGGAGUCAUCUGGAGCACGGACUGAGAAUGUUGGACUGCCUCGAAGCCCUCUCAAGCUCCAACAGUCACGAGGGCGUUGACGGCAGGCCCAACCGCUCCUUUAUUGAUGACUGGAUCGUGCGCAAUCUGAGAGGACUGUACGUGCAGUCGAUGUUGUUCGGACAACAACCCCCCCGUCCUUGGACUGUGGUCGAUGGCUCGAAACACAUCUUGGAGAUUGCAACCUUCUCCUCGGCGCACCAGGCGAGGGAAUACAUGGAACUCCUGCUCCUCAGAAUCUGCCGACUCACAGAGCCUCACGCGCGGCAAUCCCCAACUCCGUCCGACGGGACCUGUUCGCCUCCCUGUCAGCCCAAGGACGUGGCGCGCGAUCUCCAGGCCUGGAAAUCCAUUCAUGACAGGACGAUGGCCAAGCUCCGGUCCACGAUGAACGGGCUGGAGGUCUUCGCCCACCGCCUGCUGUGCGUCUACCACACCAUGGCCGAGAUCAUGGUCGCCACCACGGGCUGCGACCCGCGGGGGGAGUCGAGAUUCGACCAUCAAACCGCCCGCUUCACGACCAUCGUCGCGCAGACGCUCGACCUCCGCCACAUCGCGCUGACGAGCAAGGUGCGUCAGAAGUUUUUCGGCACCGAGGAGGGGCUCUCGCACUCGAUCGCCGACAUGGGCCUGAUGGCGCCGUUGUUCUACGUCGCCGUCAAGUGCCGGGUGCACUGCCUCCGAGUGCAGGCCAUCCGGUUGAUCGCGGAUGUGCCGCGCAAAGAGGGCAUCUGGGACGCUACCCUCGUCGCGCAGAUUGCCAGGAAGGUCAUGGCGGUGGAAGAAGCCGACAUCGGCAGCUCCGACGUGUCCGACGAUGACCUCCCCGGCCUGGAUGUCGCCUAUGCGCAACUCCAGUCGCUCCCAAUCAGCCGAGUGUCGUUUCCCUCAGCAUGUCGGCGGGUGGAAGCAGUUGACGUCCUGCUACCCGAUGGUCCUUGGGAUCCUGUCGUCCUGAAAUGCAGUUCCCAAGACAACAGCCAGUUGGACACGUACCUCAUUGACCGGCAUGAGGUUGGUAUCUGAGUCCCGAGCAGAUUAACGACGAGCAUGAACGAAUGAAUGACAGCUUCUGGCAGUGCACGAGGUAUUCCGGCACCGGGCACGAAGAACUCACGCCAAAACCUCUACUAAAACGACCAUCAUGGCAGUUGAAUGCAAGAAUUUCCCAUAUUCUCAUAAUACCCAAGUUCCUUUCGCGCUCCUCCUUUGCCACAGAGCCCAUGAGGGCCCCUGCAUCUGGGUCCCAGAAUCCAAUCCGUGUUCAAAUCAUCCUUUGUUUCCAUAUGAGACGCGGUUCAGAGAUUCCUCUCAUGAUGCUUCAUGCCAAAACAAUACAGAUCCCAUCUUCCUUGGUCAACCAAAACAAUAUAUACCCAUACCGCCUCACCCCUCUUUGCCUUUGCUUAUCCUUAAAGUCUGAGGGGUAUCCAAGAGUCAUUGUCGUCAAAUGUCAUUUCAUAAAAACUGUUCCAGAUGUUGCCAGGUGUAUGACACCCGGCGGAAAAUAUGUUCUCCGUCAUACCGAUCCAUUCCCAAAACUCCCUACUUGAAUAAACCCAUAUAGAACCGCAGCAGACGUGUCUGGGUAUCGUGACAAUUCUAUAUCGAACGCGCCACAGUCGGAUGUCUCAUGCAUCGGUCAGACACCAUCUCCAAAACUCCUCACGUGGUCGCGAGGAAAAGUGAAGGCUAAAGAUGAAAUGAAGAACUUCGAAGGACUCGUGUGCAGCGUGUCCGACCGCAAAGUGACUUGUUGAAAGCUCUGAAUGCCGCUAUUUGAUGUCCGAGGGAU